AUUUGAAUGUCCAUUGCACCUUAACUCGACUCUUCAUGGCUGCUGCAAGGACACUGAGAAUAGGCCUCAUCCCAGGCGACGGCAUUGGCCGUGAGGUCAUCCCCGCCGGUCGACGAAUCCUCGAAGCUCUUCCCGCCUCCUUGGGCCUGAAGUUCUCCUUUGUAGACCUCGAAGCCGGAUGGCAGACGUUCCAGAACACCGGUGCAGCCCUGCCGGAGAAGACGGUGGAUACGCUGAAGGCAGAAUGUGACGGAGCGCUGUUCGGAGCUGUGAGCUCCCCUACAACGCCGACAAAAGGCUACAGCAGCCCCAUCGUCGCCCUCCGCAAACGUCUUGACCUGUACGCCAACGUCCGCCCCGUCAAAUCCGUCGCGCCGACCCCUGCCUUCCCCGACCCCAUUGACCUCGUCAUCGUACGCGAGAACACCGAGGACUUGUACGUGAAAGAAGAGAAGACAUACGACACGCCGAAUGGCAAAGUGGCCGAGGCCAUCAAGCGUAUCAGCGAGCGCGCCUCGUUUCGCAUUGCCAAGAUGGCGGGUGAGAUCGCAGUACGCAGACAGAAUGUGCGGAACACGACCGGGGAUGCGGUCGGCAAGCAAGCGAUGGUCACCAUCACGCACAAGAGCAAUGUAUUGUCGCAGACCGACGGGCUUUUCCGGCAGGCCGCUCGCGCCGCACUCGAGGCGCCGCAGUUCAAGAACGCUGGGGUGAAGAUCGACGAGCAGAUUGUGGAUUCUAUGGUGUACAAGCUCUUCCGCGAACCCAGUACGUACGAUGUGGUCGUUGCACCCAAUCUCUACGGUGACAUCCUGUCCGAUGGAGCAGCGGCGCUCGUCGGUUCGCUGGGCUUGGUACCGUCUGCGAAUGUGGGGGAUGGCUUCGCGAUAGGGGAGCCCUGCCAUGGCUCUGCGCCGGACAUCCAAGGCAAGGGGAUUGCAAACCCCAUCGCGACGCUCAGGAGUGUGGCGUUGAUGUUGGAGUUCUUGGAGCAAGAGGAGGCUGCCGCGUUGAUAUACAAAGCCGUCGAUGGCAACCUGGCAGAGGGCAAGCUGUUGAGUCCGGAUAUGGGCGGCAAGGCAACUACGGACCAGGUGACGGAAGAUGUCAUCAGGCGGUUGUAGCUGAAGAAGAUCCCAGAUUAGAGUAU